ACAUCUGAGGCCAAGUUCCUCCUGGUGGCUGAGUGGCCAGUGGGUUUUGGGGGUCAAUCAACCUUGGGUUUCAAUCUCAGCAUGGGUCCUCUAGCUGGGGCAUUUGUCAUUUCUGAGUCUUCAUGUCCUCAGGGGAAGAAUAAAGAUGAUAGGACACAACCACCUUCUCCCACAGGGUGCCCAGCAUAGCAUUCGCCACUUGGCCAGAUCACAGCACAUGGGAGCUGCCAGCCCCUGUGUGUUCUUGCUCAGGCCCAGCCUUCAUCGUUCCCUACCUGCAAAAUGGAGCUGAGUUGGCUGAAGCCAGUCCCACUAGAGAAAGAGCACACGUGGCUACUCCAGGGCCCUGGGGGAGGAGGGAGGUGUCAGUUCCCCAUUGGUCUGGGCCAGGGGUGGCCCCACUACACACAUACGCACACACACAUGUGCACCCCACCCACAUCCCGUGCUCACUGAGCUAGUUCUAGAGGCCAUGAGGCUGUCGCUGUUGCUGCUUUUGGGAGCCUGGGCUGUCCCAGGGGGCCUCGGGGACAGGGCCUUCCUCUCUGCUACUGCUCCAAAUCUGGAUGAGGAAGAGAAGUACUCGGCCCACAUGCCUGCUCAUCUUCGCUGUGACGCCUGCAGGGCCGUGGCCUACCAGAUGUGGCAACAUUUGGCAAAGGCAGAGGCCAAGCUUCAUACCCCAGACUCCAGAGGAAGGCAGGAGCUCAGUGAAUCAGAAUACACAGAUGUCCUGGACCGAAGCUGCUCCCAGAACUGGCAGGACUACGGGGUCCGAGAAGUAAACCAGAUGAAACGACUCACAGGUCCAGGUCUUGGCAAGGGGCCAGAGCCAAGCAUCAGCGUGAUGGUCACCGGAGGCCCCUGGCCCAACAGGCUCUCCAGAAUGUGCUUGCAGUACCUGGGAGACUUUGGGGAAGAUGAGAUUUAUGAAGCCCACCAACAAGGUCGAGAGGCUGUGGAGGCAUUGCUAUGUGGGGGCGCCCUGGGAGCUUGCUUGGCAGAGGCAGCAGUCACGAGAGAAGAACUCUAGUCCACAACUCCUGCCCCUGAAGAAAAGCUGCACCUCCUCUGAAUCUUCCCCACUCCUUUCGGUGGCAGCUGGAGGGGACGGAGGGAGGCCUGGCUCAAAAUUGCCACCUUUAUCCUUCCUUUGUCACAGGGCAAUGGGACCUGGGAGGGACAAGACUUUCCUCUCUGGAUUCAAAUAAAACUUGGUGACCUUCA